UACGUUUUUCUCUUAUAUGUAAGUUUUUCAGCAAACCGAUAUUAUUCUUGUAAAAAGUUUCGUGGCUAUUAGUUGUGCUUUUGGUUGAAAAAUUAAUUUUAUAAUGUCGGACUCCGAAGCAAGUAAUGCUUCUGAUAGUGGAUCAGACGAGGGAUCCUUAAGUUCCAACAAAUCACAACGAAGUGCGCGUUCACGUUCACGUUCUCGCUCAGUAUAUAGAUCGCGUUCCGGUUCUCGGUCUAAAUCGCCCUCUAGGUCGCGCUCGCGAUCGCGUUCACGUUCUGACGCCUCGGGCUCGGAAGAUGAGAGUCCCUCUCGUAAUAGGCAGCGUAAAAGUCGCAGUCGGUCCGGUGAUGAGGAACCUGAGGAUGGUGAGGAUCUCGAUGGAGAUGAGGUUGACUCUGAGUAUGAUGAAGAGGAGGAUGAAGACGACGAUCGCCCAAGAAAGAAGAAGAAAAAGGAACGUUUUGGAGGCUUCAUUAUUGAUGAAGCCGAAGUGGAUGACGAGGUUGAUGAAGAUGAUGAAUGGGAAGAAGGAGCUAACGAACUUGGUAUUGUUGGUAACGAGAUUGACGAGUUAGGCCCUACAGCACGAGAUAUAGAAAUACGACGUCGUGGCACAAAUCUAUGGGACACUCAAAAGGAAGAUGAAAUCGAGGAAUAUCUACGAAAGAAAUAUGCCGAUGAAUCUGUUGUUAAAAGACACUUUGGUGAUGGCGGUGAGGAAAUGUCCGAUGAAAUAACACAGCAGACAUUGUUGCCGGGAAUAAAAGAUCCUAAUCUAUGGAUGGUCAAAUGCCGUAUUGGCGAGGAGAAAGCCACCGCUCUUUUAUUGAUGCGCAAAUUUCUCACAUAUUUGAAUACGGAUGAACCUUUGCAGAUUAAAUCUGUGGUUGCUCCCGAAGGAGUUAAGGGUUAUAUAUAUCUGGAGUCAUACAAGCAAACGCAUGUAAAAACCGCUAUAGACAAUGUUGGCAAUUUACGUAUGGGCAAAUGGAAACAAGAAAUGGUGCCCAUAAAGGAAAUGACUGAUGUUUUGAAAGUAGUAAAGGAGCAAGUUGGAUUGAAAGUGAAACAAUGGGUUCGACUCAAGCGUGGUUUAUAUAAGGACGAUAUUGCUCAAGUUGAUUACGUGGAUUUGGCUCAAAAUCAAGUACAUUUAAAACUACUGCCCAGAAUUGAUUAUACACGUAUGCGCGGGGCUCUUAGAACCACAGCAACGGAAUCGGAUGAUUCUAAACGCAGAAAGAAACGUAGACCAGCUGCAAAGCCCUUCGACCCAGAGGCCGUAAGAGCUAUUGGCGGGGAGGUUCAUUCAGAUGGUGACUUUUUGCUUUUUGAAGGGAAUCGUUACUCGCGUAAAGGAUUUUUAUAUAAAAAUUUUACAAUGUCAGCCAUUUUGGUUGACGGCGUGAAGCCUACAUUGGCAGAAUUGGAACGUUUUGAAGAGCAACCUGAAGAUGUCAAUUUGGAGAUAGUUGCGGGCUCAAAAGACGAUCCAACAAGUACACAUUCAUUCUCUAUGGGUGACAACGUAGAGGUUUGCGUUGGUGAUUUGGAAAAUUUGCAAGCAAAAAUAAUUGCAAUUGAUGGUGGCAUGAUAACAGUAAUGCCGAAGCAUCAAGAUCUUAAAGAUCCAUUAAUCUUUAAAGCCAGUGAGUUACGCAAAUUCUUCAAAACUGGUGAUCAUGCCAGGGUUUUGGCAGGACGCUACGAAGGAGAAACUGGUUUAAUCAUACGGGUGGAACCGAUGCGCAUUGUAUUGGUAUCUGAUUUAACAAAUCACGAACUGGAAGUUUUGCCACGUGAUUUGCAACUUUGUUCUGAUGUGGCUACCGGCGUUGAUUGCCUUGGCCAAUUUCAAUGGGGUGAUCUUGUGCAACUGGAUCCACAGAAUGUUGGAGUUAUUGUACGAUUGGAACGGGAGAACUUUCAUGUUUUAGGAAUGCAUGGGAAAGUUAUUGAAUGCAAACCGACAGCAUUACACAAGCGUCGAGAGAAUCGCAAUACAAUUGCUCUGGAUGCAGACCAAAAUCAAAUAAGGCGCCGCGAUAUUGUUAAAGUAAUGGAAGGACCACAUGCUGGCCGAUCUGGUGAAAUAAAACAUCUUUAUCGAAGCUUAGCUUUCUUGCAUUGCCGUAUGUACACAGAAAAUGGAGGAAUAUUUGUUUGCAAAACGCGUCAUUUGCAGUUGGCUGGGGGUAGUAAAAGUCAGGCAAACAAUGCUGGUACACUUGGCGGCUUUGGAUUCAUGUCUCCACGCAUUCAAUCGCCUAUGCAUCCUUCUGGUGGGCGUGGUGGACGCGUUGGCGGUAGAGGAGGUCGUGGUGGGUUCCGUGUAACACGCGAUCGUGAAUUACUAGGGAAAACCAUUAAGAUUAGCGGCGGACCAUAUAAGGGAGUUGUCGGAAUUGUUAAGGAUGCCACUGAGAGCACAGUUCGCGUGGAACUGCAUACAUCAUGCCAAACUAUAUCAGUAGAUCGUAACCAUAUUGCUAUGGUUGGAGCUCCUGGAAAAGAGGGCGGAAGUGUUUCGACAUACGGUCGUACUCCAGCACGUACACCUGGAUAUGGCUCACAGACACCAGUUUAUGCAGCAGUGGGAUCGAAGACACCUCUGCUUGGCAAUCAAACGCCUAAUUGGGAUUCAGAAGGUCGCACUCCGUACAGUGGUACAAUGACGCCAUCGCACGACGGUAGCAUGACUCCGCGCCAUGGCGCUUGGGAUCCUAGUAUAGCAAAUACUCCGGCACGUACCAACGACUUUGAUUACACUCUGGAAGAACCUAGCCCAAGCCCUGGUUACAACCCAAGUACACCAGGCUAUCAAAUGAAUACGCAAUUCGCACCGCAAACACCAGGCACUUUAUACGGAUCGGAUCGUAGCUAUAGUCCUUACAAUCCAAGUCCCAGCCCGGCUCCAUCCCCCUAUCCAGUUGGUUAUAUGAACACACCAUCUCCAUCGACUUAUUCCCCAAAUACACCAGGUGGGAAUCCGCAAUCACCAUAUAAUCCACAAACUCCAGGGGCAAGCCUGGACUCGCCAAUUGGAGAUUGGUGUACAACAGACAUUGAAGUUAAAAUUCAUACCCAUGACGAUGCUGAUUUAGUUGGGCAAACGGGCAUUAUUCGUACUGUUUCGAAUGGAGUGUGCUCUGUUUUCUUGCGUCAAGAAGAUCGCAGCGUGUCUAUUGUGAGCGAACAUUUGGCACCUGUACCUCCAGAAGUUGGCGAUGAAUUCAAAGUUAUUUAUGGUGACGAAAGAGAAUCGGUGGGAAAAGUAAGAUCGGUAUCUGAUAAGGAUACCAGUCUUUGCCAGAUUAAUGACGAAAUUAAAUUGCUGCCAACCGCUUAUUUGUGCAAAAUGAAGUCCAUUGACUAAAGAAACACGAUUGAAAAGAUAAGAAAACAUUAGCCAACUAUUUUGUAUGUGUUUUUUCUCGGGUGUGAAAAUAAAAACAGUAUCCACCA